GUGUGACUACCCUACCAAUGAGAGAAUACAUGCAACAAAACAGUGCAUCAAAAAGCACUUUCAUGUCUACUAGUACAAUAUAGCCCUUAGUUUCUCAAUCAGAUAGAAGACUAUGAAGAAGUAAUUUAAUGUCAACGUCACAAACAGGAUCCCAGAAUCUGGUGGCUCGUGAGAGACUCAACAACCAACGACACUGCUGGGUGCACUGAGUGUACAUAGGACAAGGGGCAGCAAGAAGCUGCUGUGUGCCUCCCUACACAAUGCAUGUCAAACCCAAACUGGCAUUGCUGCUGGCAGUGCUGCUAGCGGCUGCUGGCCUCUUCCUCCUGGUUCCUGAUGCUAACACCACCAUGGGUCAUCAAUCACAGCCAAGCAGUAUGACCAAAAAUCUGUUAAGGGAUCAGCAGCAAGUCCUGUCGGGCAGCAACAGGAGCAUCGCCUACCGGAUCAAGGCAAACGUCGCUGGUCUGCUGGCCCUGAACUACUGCAGCUGUGAAGACCAUGCGACACUUCACCAAAACUUGCAGAUCUAUUUGCUGCAUGAAUCCUUUCCAGCCUCAGAACUGGAGGAGAUAAAACGCCGAAGAGCCCAGGAGUAUCAGAGCUUCCAAAAGAGGUCACAGAACGCAGGGAACCUCCUCCUUAUCGCAGAAGCCAACAGCCCUUUACAGUACCCCACACAGGGAGUCGAAGUACAACCCAAGAAAACCAUCCUCAUCCCGGGACUUCGAUUAGAGGAGCAACCCAGGAAAGGUCACUCAGUGACCUUGUUGGCCACAAUGGGCACAUUUGACGUGACAGCUAUAGUGCAGGGGGUGACUCUGAAAGGUGAAGGGACGAUGCAUAUAACGCUGUCUAGCGACUUCCUGUCCCACUUGAACCAGCAGCUGCAGUUCGUCACCUACACAAACACGCUUUUUCAUCCCAACACGGCAGACACAGUGCAAUAUGAGACAGAAAGUCACAAGGCAGUCUUCACGGUCAAAGUCCGCCAUGGUGUUCUUCCAAAGCUGUAUGAUCCUGGUCCAAAAGGAGAAUACAACAUCAGUCACCUUGUGACCAUAGCUACUAAGACAUUCAUACGCUAUGACAGACUACAAAUUUUGAUCAAUAGUAUACGGCGGUUCUACCCCACCGUCACUAUAGUCAUAGCAGAUGACAGUGAACACCCUAAACCAGUGACUGGACCCUACAUUGAGCACUACACAAUGCCAUUUGGAAAGGGCUGGUUUGCAGGUCGCAACUUGGCUGUUUCCCAGGUGACCACAAAAUAUGUGCUCUGGGUGGAUGACGACUUCAUCUUCAUCAACGACACCAAAAUUGAGAAGCUGGUUGAUGUUCUGGAGAAGACUACUCUGGAUCUGGUCGGUGGAGCUGUUCUUGAGUUUGGGAAGUACAAGAACACUUUUAAACACACCUUCAGCUGGGAGAGAGGGGAUGAGGAUGGGGAUUGCCUGCACGUAAGACAAGGGUCCUACCAUGUCGUACCAGGCUUUCCCAAGUGUGUUGUCACAGAUUCUGUUGUAAACUUCUUCCUGGCCCGGACUGACAAGGUGCAGCAAGUGGGCUUUGACCCUCAACUGGCGAGAAUAGCACAUCUGGAAUUUUUUGCUGAUGGUCUUGGUACCCUUCAUGUUGGUUCCUGUGAUGAUGUCAUAGUCACCCACGGAAAGUUUCUAGGAGACCAAUCAGAGAGCGAUAAAAUCUAUGCAAAGUACCGCCAGCCCACUGCCUCUAGUCUGAACAAACAGAAAAGUGUCUUCUGCUUCAAAAAUCGACUGAAAUGCCUGACUCGUCCAUGAGGGGUUGACCUUCAUUACACUACGAUAAAUAAUCAUUGUGAUGUUUAUUAAACAAUUCCCCUCAAA